UCCAAUGGCUCCACCUUGGAGACUGAACUCCUGGUUCUGGGUCGGUCCAGUCUGCUAUCAGAACCAGGCGGUUCGGGUCCAGAAACCAAAACAAGACGUCGCGCGCAAGCUCUCUUCCGUUCGGGAGCGCGCCUGGCUCGUCUCGGGAGCGCGCGCCGCAGAUCCAAGGACAGAGCGGCGGGCGCGCGAGCAUCAGGUCACCUGAAAGUCCUCCGUCAUCACGAGCCCGAACAGAACCGGGAGAACCGGAGCCGAACCGGGUUCGGAGCCGAUGGAUCGGCGCUGAAGCAACAGGACGAGGCGGAACCGAGUCCGCGGGUUCUGAACGCAAAACCCAACCCAGUCAUCUUUGCUGUCACCGAACCGACCGGCACCAGAACCUCUGAGCCGGAACCGAGCCGGAGCGUGACCCGUCCGAACCAGGCCGGGAGGAGAACCGAGCCGACGGUGGACCAACCGGAGAGCGACGGAACCAGAACCGGGACCUGGACCUGUAGCUGGAUCAUGGCGGCUCGCGGCGUGCUGCUGCUGGCCGUGCUGCACUGCUGCUCGGUGGCGCUGUGCGGCUGCGAGCCGCGCCUGGUGAACGUGGGCGCCGUGCUGAGCCAGAAGCGCUAUGAGCAGGUGUUCAAGGACGCCGUGACGCAGGCCAACGACCUCUACGGCAAGGACAAGUUCAAGAUGAACGCCAUCUCCGUCACGCACAAGCCCAACGCCAUCCAGAUGGCGCUGUCCGUCUGCGAGGACCUCAUCUCCAACCAGGUGUACGCCAUCCUGGUCAGCCAUCCUCCGCAGUCCAACGAUCACCUGACUCCAACGCCCGUCUCCUACACGGCCGGGUUCUACCGGAUCCCGGUGGUCGGCCUGACGACUCGCAUGUCCAUCUACUCUGACAAGAGCAUCCACCUGUCCUUCCUGCGCACGGUGCCGCCGUACUCCCACCAGGCCCAGGUGUGGUUCGACCUGAUGAGGGAGUUCAGGUGGAACCACAUCAUCCUGAUCGUCAGCGACGACCACGAGGGCCGAGCCGCCCAGAAGAAGCUGGAGACGCUGCUGGAGGAGCGGGAGACCAAGACUAAAAACAGGAACUAUGAAAACCUCGACCAACAGAACUUUGACUUCAGGAGAACACCCAAGGCGGAGAAGGUGCUGCUGUUCAGCCAGGACACCAACCUGACGGCGCUGCUGCUGGAGGCCAAGGACCUGGAGGCCCGAGUCAUCAUCCUGUCGGCCAGUGAGGAUGAAGCCAUGGCCGUGUACAAAGCGGCCCGGCAGCUCAACAUGACCGGUUCUGGCUACGUCUGGCUGGUGGGAGAGCGGGAGAUGAGCGGGAAAGCUCUGAGCGAAGCUCCUGAUGGCCUGCUGGGCCUCCAGCUGAUCAACGGGAAGAACGAGUCGGCUCACAUCACGGACGCCGUGGCCGUGGUGGCUCAGUCCCUGCAGGAGCUGUUUGAGAAGGAGAACAUCACGGAGCCGCCGCGGGGCUGCGUGGGGAACACCAACAUCUGGCGGACCGGGCCGCUCUUCAAACGGGUGCUGAUGGCAUCCAAGUACCCGGACGGCCUGACGGGACGAAUCGAGUUCAACGACGACGGCGACCGCCGCUUCGCCACCUACAGCAUCCUGAACCACCAGAAAGCGGGCCGCGUCAUCCAGGUGGGCGUGUUCAACGGGACGCAGGUGGUGAUGAAUCCUCAGAGGAAGAUCAUCUGGCCUGGAGGAGAGACGGAGAAACCAGUGGGAUACCAGAUGUCCACCAGGCUGAAGAUCGUGACGAUCCACCAGGAGCCCUUCGUGUACGUGAAGCCGACCCAGAGCGACGGGACGUGCCGGCAGGAGCACACGGUGAACGGAGUGGUGAUCAAGAAGGUGAUCUGCACCGGACCCAACGGGACCAUCCCAGGUCAGCCCGUCGUCCCCCAGUGUUGCUACGGCUUCUGCAUCGACCUGCUCAUCAAGCUGGCCAUGAGCAUGAACUUCACCUACGAGGUUCACCUGGUGGCCGACGGCAAGUUUGGCACGCAGGAACGGGUGAACAACAGCAACAAGAAGGAGUGGAACGGCAUGAUGGGGGAGCUGCUGGGCGGCCUGGCCGACAUGAUCGUGGCGCCGCUCACCAUCAACAACGAGCGCGCUCAGUACAUCGAGUUCUCCAAGCCCUUCAAGUACCAGGGCCUGACCAUCCUGGUCAAGAAGGAAAUCCCCCGCAGCACUCUGGACUCCUUCAUGCAGCCGUUCCAGAGCACCCUGUGGCUGUUAGUCGGCCUGUCGGUCCAUGUGGUGGCAGUGAUGCUCUACCUACUGGACCGGUUCAGCCCGUUUGGAAGGUUCAAGGUGAACAGCGAAGAAGAAGAAGAAGACGCCCUGACCCUGUCCUCCGCCAUGUGGUUCUCCUGGGGAGUUCUGCUGAACUCUGGGAUCGGAGAAGGCGCCCCACGGAGCUUCUCCGCCAGGAUCCUGGGCAUGGUGUGGGCGGGGUUUGCUAUGAUCAUCGUGGCGUCGUACACCGCCAACCUGGCAGCCUUCCUGGUGCUGGACCGGCCUGAGGAGCGCAUCACUGGCAUCAACGACCCCAGGCUGCGAAACCCGUCGGAUAAGUUCAUCUACGCCACGGUGAAGCAGAGCUCGGUGGACAUCUACUUCCGGCGGCAGGUGGAGCUGAGCACCAUGUACCGCCACAUGGAGAAGCACAACUACGAGAGCGCCGCCGAGGCCAUCCAGGCGGUCCGAGACAACAAGCUCCACGCCUUCAUCUGGGACAGCGCCGUGCUGGAGUUCGAGGCGUCGCAGAAAUGCGACCUGGUGACGACGGGCGAGCUGUUCUUCCGCUCCGGCUUCGGCAUCGGCAUGAGGAAGGACAGUCCCUGGAAGCAGAACGUCUCUCUGGCUAUUCUCAGCUCGCAUGAGAACGGCUUCAUGGAGGAUCUGGACAAGACGUGGGUUCGCUACCAGGAGUGUGACUCCAGGAGCAACGCACCCGCCACACUCACCUUCGAGAACAUGGCAGGUGUGUUCAUGCUGGUGGCCGGCGGCAUCGUCGCUGGGAUCUUCCUCAUCUUCAUCGAGAUCGCCUACAAGCGGCACAAAGAUGCGCGCAGGAAACAGAUGCAGCUGGCCUUCGCCGCCGUCAACGUGUGGAGGAAGAACCUGCAGGAUAGGAAAAGUGGUAGAGCAGAGCCAGAGUCCCAAACCUCUUUUAGGUCCAUCACUUCGACCUCCGACCUCAAACGCCGUUUGGGCCCCGGGGACGCCACGCCGUACCCGACGGACAUCACCGGCCAGCUCAACCUAUCGGAUCCCUCCGUCAGCACGGUGGUCUGAGAGAGAGAGGCGCAGAGGGCGAGCAAGCUGCACUGCUGCUGCUGAGCCACACACACACACACACACUCCUUACGUCUUUCUACCUUCACGAGGACUUUGCAUUGACUUCCAUUAAUUUCUCCUGCAUUUCUGUAGCCUGACCCAAACCUUAAGACAGCACUGCUCCUCAUGGGGCCCUGGGCUUUGGGCCCCAUGAGGAGCAGUGGGUCCUCACAAUGUAGGGGAAAUGGUCCUUACAAGGUGAGAAAUCCUGUAACACACACACACAUACGCUCACACAUGUUGGUGUGGGGACAUUUUGAGAAAUGUCCCCACACCAACAUGUGUCCCCAUAAGGACAGGUUACCCUACGGUCCUCAGAAUCAUAGCAAUGCACACACACACACACACACACACACACGCAUUGCUCCACUUGUAGCCACUAAUCUUUUAUUUUGAAAGAAGUUGUAUAGUUCUGUUUCCUGUUUCCUCUCACACACAUAUCAAUCGUCCUGACCAGUUCCAGAAGCAGCUUAAAUUGGUUUUAAUGGUUGUAGCUCAUAAAUCCAUCAAUGCUGUUUCCUUUAAAUAUCAACAAACACUUCCCUGCUGUGACCAAUCAAAUCCCUGGGCUUUGCUAAGUGGGUGGAGCCUCUGAAGAAGGAAGGAAGCAGCCGUUUCCUCUCCAGUCAGUCUGCAGCACCACCUACUGGUCUGGGAGCGCAUUGCUCAGCAUUCAGGAAUAAUUCAUCGUCCGUCUGCAUCGUUAACUGGGAUAAAAAUAACAUUUAUCCCUCAAACUUUAGCGUCUGGCAGUCGGUUAAAUUCAGGUCACCGAUGUUUCCAGUCCAGAGGUGAGCUGGAGGAAAUCACACAAAAUUACAUUUCUGCUUCUUUAAUGUUGAAAAUUCCCAGAUUUUUCACGAUGCAGCAGCUUCAUGAUGUUGGAAGCUGUGGCAGUGGAUCCAGUGGAUCCAGAGGAAGUUUCUGGAUCAGAACUCCAAGUGGAACCAAUAAAAGGGAGAAUUGAUUUGAAAAGUUGUUGGCUAAAUUGAAAACGAAGCCAGUGAUCGACUGAAUUGUUAGUUACUAAUGUUAAACUUUAAUCAAAAGUAAAACUCAUGCGGUUCUGACCCACAAGUUCAACAUAAAGUUCCUUAAAAUCAAAUUAAGAAAAAUAACAUUGAUUUACAUGAAUGAUGGAAGUAAUUCAUCUUUAGAUGAAGCUUUAAUAACCAGACAGAAAAAUUAUUUCCUGUAUCGCGACUAGAAAGUUUCACUUGUAGGUUUUGCCUCCAGUUGUUUCCUCAUUUUGUUUUCAAAUAAUUUUUCAGCAUCUUAUUUUAUUUGAGAUAAUUAAUUUUAUCAUUAUAUAAAUAUUGAAGUUUUUAUCCAGAGUCUUUAGCUCACAGUUUUAUUUCUAGGCAAUGUUAUUGACUUAAAUCCCCAAUUAGUCAUUCUGAAUUCCCCUGUAGCAGCAGCGCCCUCUGCUGGCUGGCGUCCGAACAGACGCCUGAAGAUAAACGGCAGAGCUGCAGGAGUUUAUUCACUUAAACUCUGUUCAGGUUAUUAUUUUAGAUAACUAUUAACAGUUUCAUGAUUAAAUCAGACAAGUAUUAACUUUAGAAAAUAAUUUAAUAAAUUUGUGUAUUUAACAUCUCGUUUCUAAGGACUAAAUUCCCAGAAAGUCAGGAUAACUUUGUGUUUUUCAGUUUUUUAACUCCUAAUAAUGGAAUUUAAACAGAGGUGCUGAUUUAUUGCCAUCUUGCGGUUCUGAUCUUUAUUAAAUCCAAACAAAUUCAAAGAGAAAAGAUCGUUUUGCUGCUUUUGACCUGAAAUCAUGAGGAUCUCUGGAGUCCUCCCUGAAUGGAAACUUCCAACCCAACAUGGCCGCCUGCUUUCUUUCUCCUUUCUGUCUCGUUAAAUCCGCCCCACAUACCACCUGAGAAUUCGAUCAGAACCGAGCCCAGCAGAACCGGGUCGGGUUGGACCCAAUGCCAAUGCAGAUCCCAUUCAAUUUAAAAUGAAGGCUUUAGCCUGAAACAAGCUAACCUUCCAGCCACCCCGAGGCUCCGCCCACUUCCGGCCGCCGUGGCUCUGCUGAAGCCAGGGACGGUCCGCCUCCUGCUGGAAGUUCACUGGUUUCCAGUCUGGAGGUUGCCUGGUUCGGCGCUUCUGGGAUCAGGUUCCUGGAGGUUUGAAUCAGCCUGCAGAUGCAUCGGACUGUGAUUGGACUGGGCCACUAUCCGUUACGGUUAUUAAUAAGUUUGUUAAAGCUACAUUUUUCCAACUGGAACCGUUUUAACCUGCGAUCACCAACAUUUGACUUUUCUGACGAAGAAAAGAAGUCUUGUUUUGAAGGGUUUGUUGUUAGUCACUGUUAAUUGACAGACGAUAUAUCGGCCAAGUAAGCAACAUUUUAAAUUCUAAACCCAUUUUUUGCUACACGUUUAGCAUUGAGAUGCAACUUUAGGCUAGCAUAGCGUUAGCCUGACAGGCUAACUCCUGUUAGAACAACUUGAACACAAUCAGAUCACGGCUUCCUGCUGCUGUUAGCGGAUGUAGCUGUGCGUCAGAUUUCUCAGUGUACCAGAAACACAAUUCAAAGGUUCUGGCCAGAACUUUGGUAUGGAAUUAAUUGAAUUACACUUUUUAACUCUUUAAAAGCUGUAAUUGAUUAAGUCCUGGCCAUAUAAAAAUAUUCACAGUGAAAAUCUACAGUGUUAAUGUUACAAUCCCUGCAGGUGUGUGGCGCUGACGUCACUACCGCUGGUAAAUGAAGAAAUACGAUGGACUCUUUGCACGUCAACUUCCACAUUCGGGGAAAAGCGGUUUGGUCGUUUCCGGUCUCUUGAAAAUGUAAUUUUACGCUCGGUGCUGCAGGGCUUGGCCAAGGUAACAGUUAAUGAUGAACAUCGAUCCGAAGCCCCAACAAGUCAGCAGGAGGAAGGUUUUAAGAUGUAGCCUCGUUAUACAUUCACUGACACGAAGGUGAGUUUUACUUAAACUUUGUGGCUAACAUUAGCUUUAGCUUAUGCUAGCAGGGAAUAUUCUCAGACAUUGUUCUUGUAAAAUUUGAUAUUUAAGUACCUAAACAUUUUAGUCCAUUCUAACAGACAAUGUUUCUACCUUAUUGCCGUUAGUAUCAAACAGAGACCCAAUAACGGGGAGGUUCCGGUUCCGGUUCCGGUUCGGGCUUUUAGCUCCGCAGCCUGACGGAGCUAAAAGCCUCUUAGCUCAACAGCAGCAGCUCUGGAGUCAGAGAUCUGGUUCAGCUGUUCAGGUUCAGAGCUGCUGCUUUUAGAAAAACAUGGCCGUGUUUCUUAAUGUUAUCUAGUUUUAUGACCUUUGUUUCCUGUUCAGAGCUCAGACAGUUCGGUGUUUACAGCAGGAUGUUCAGGCGGAUCAGUGGCUCGGCUCUCUGGUUCCCAUAAACUGUUUCAGGCUGAAUACAGAAGUGACUCCAUGGAAAUAACUCAGGAUCCUUUAUUCACCAUCCGGUAGUUUUAGGCUGAAGAAGCUGAUCGGACUGAAGCGAAGGCUGCAAACUUUGCUGUGCAGCUUUAGCUUCAACUGGUAGCGACGGAUAUUUACAAGCCGCCAUCUUAAUUCAGGAUUGUUUGGAAAUUAAUGAAAACUUAAAAGCAUUAAGAAGACAACAAUGUUCUUAUUAUUGGGUCUGAAAUAUGACUUAGUCUUUUCUAGUUGUCAUGGUAACUCAAAGAGGAAACAAAAAUGCCGCAUUAUGCGGAUGUGACGUCAGCGCCGUAAGUGCAAAGAGCCCAUUUGUUGCUGUGUUUCCGCCGUUCAUCUCGUCCUUUACUUUACACAGAGAAAACGAGUUUUUAACCAGAUGAUCCAAACGAUCCCUGGGAUCUGAUCCUUUCUUCCUGAAGGGGAUCCGGUCCGGAGUUAAGGAGGGCUUUUUAAAACUGACUGUAACGAUUUUUAUUAAACCAGAACCGUCUUCUUUCAUUCUGAGGCGGAACGUGAAGAUCUGCCAACUGACGAUUCGGUUCUUAAGGUUAAAAACUGACCAAACAUCUGAAAUCUGGAUCGUUUCCGCCCGGAAGCGGAAGCUCCGCCCGCGGCACCGCGUGGUGCAGCAAAACCUCCAGAGUCUCCAUCCGGACCGAACCGAACCGUCUGCAGGCUCAUUCAGCCAGUCGGAUGUGAGUCCCUGCCGGCCCGGAGCGCUCGGAACCGGGUCGGUUCCGGUGCUGCACCGAUCCGAAACAGAACCAAAAUAUAUUCUGAAUAAUUAAUUAAACUACAACUUGAGUUAUUAGAUAUGAUCACGACAUGGGAAGUAAAACUAUUGGUUCCGUUUAAUUGUUGCACUUUCUAAAUGUAUCUUAUGAUUCAUAUUUGAUUUGACAUUUUUUGUAUUUUUUUAUUUUUGUCUGAUGAAAUUUUUCCGAAUUUCACUUGAAUAGAUUUUUUUAAUAUAAUGCACUAAAAAUCCAGCCAAUAUAUUUACGUUGUUUGUUUUGUAAACUUUAUAAAAUGUUUGUUUAAAUUUUCGUACCAGGAUUAUAAAACUAAUUCACCUUAAAUGUAAUUAUUAAAGUGAUUGCAGUAUUAAUGUUUAGCAGACAUUUUAUGACAGCAAUUUUUAAUUCUCCUUGAUUAAAAUUAUUUAAUUUUCUAAUGUAAAUUAUAUAAUGUGCUAUGUAUUCCUAUAGAUAUACUGAUUGUAUAUUUAUUUUCAUUCAAAUUAUCAUUUGAUUUCCAUAGUUUAAAUUUGACAGUUUAAUUUAAAACUUGAACAAACUGUAAGCAUCUAAAAUGUUGAAAGUUAAGAAAUGAUUUAUUUCUUCUUGGAUUCUGUGUUUGAAGUUAUAAAAACAGUUUAACUGUUUAAUGGGUUUUUAAAUUGGACCCUAAAAUCUGAGUCUGAACGUCGAAUUACUGAAGAAUCUGAUCGAUUUUCUGCUGUUUCAGUUGCACUGAAGUAAAUACAGGAGCUGAGAAGCAGCUCGUUCCGAUGGAUAUAUUCUGAUGUCACUGUGAUGUCACUCUGUGACGUCACUCUGUGAUGUCACGUGUUUUUGUAACCAGUCUAGAAUCAGUUGAUCUGAGGUCAGUUUGACUGUAGAAGUUAUUUCCUGUCUGUAGUUUUCCGUCACGCCGCUCUGUGAUUGGCUGGUUGUGUGGUCACGUGACCCGCUGUGGUCACAGGAACCUCAUUAAUGGCACGUCAGUGUUUGUUGUUCCUGAUCCUGUGCAUAAAGAGUUUACAGUAAUAAAUAUUUAUUUCAGUUUAAA